AUGGUUAGAGUGGCAGUCGCAGGUGGAACUGGUGGCGUUGGUUACGCUAUUGUUGACGCUCUCAAAGCGCAAACAGAACACGAUUUCAUUGUUUUAAGUAGAACAGAAUCACCAGAGUAUGAAGCAAAGAAUAACGUAAAGGUUGUGCCGAUUGAUUACUCCGAUAUUUCACAAAUCUCAAAGGUACUCGAUGAAAAUCAUAUUCACACGGUCAUUUCGGCUUUGUGUAUAGUUUCGAAAGAACACAGCGACUCGCAACUCAACCUGGUACGAGGUGCUGCUGGCUCAAAGUCUGUGAAGCGAUUCGUACCUAGUGAGUAUGGAAGUGCUUAUGAAGAAAAACAUGCGCUAGCUCGCCCAAGCACUGCCCUCAAAGCGAUCGCCGUGACGGAGCUUGCCAAAACACACCUCGAGUAUACUUCAUUUGUCAAUGGUCUCUUUCUAGAUUAUUUAUGCAUGCCCGCUGUGCCAAGUCAUCUUGCUGCUGGGAUAAGAUUCUUCGACAUUCCCAGCAGAACCUCGGUAGGUAUUGGAUCAGGCACCGUGCCUUUGGUCAUGACCCAUACAAGAGACGUGGGCCGCUUUGUCGUUGCUAGUCUUUCCUUGCCAAAGUGGGAGAAAAGAAGUUUUAUCGUUGGGGACCGCCAAUCCUGGCAUGAUGUGAUAGAUAUAGCAGGGAAAAUCACUGGUGAAAAAUGGACAAUCACUGAUGAACCCUCUACAAUUCUUAGUGGGCAGGUCAUCGAAGCACCAGCUCAUAGGUCUGCAUACUCGGCUUCACUAAAAGAACAUGGAGAUUGGUUUGAAUCAGGAACAUUCAGUUUCGACCCCAAAGUACCGGAUUCAGUGUAUCUUAACGAAUUGUUCCCAGAAAUAAUCCCUCUUACAGUGGAAGAUUGCCUCAAAACACUGAUUAGUGCUUCCUCCAGCUAG